AUGGGCAGGGUCAGCAAAGCAAUUGGUGUCAUCUUGUUGGACAGCCAUACUAUGAUUAUGAAUGGCCUGACUGAAAAUGUCACGAACUACGGGAAGAUCGUUGCUUGGAGUGAACACCCAGAUGCCUAUGAAUGGACGGCCAAACAAAAGCAGUGCAUACCUGGAGAGGGCCUGCUGAUACUGGAAAUACAGGAGCGACUUUUAACAUUUGUUUUUCAAUGCUGCAGGCAGCUUCUCCAUGACAUCCCCGAGUCCACCCUGACCAGUGACUCCUUCCCUCUUCUACUAGAACUGCCCCUGAGGUCCGAAAAUGAGUUAAGCGGUUUCCAGUCUUUGGGUGUGAUGGCUGCGGAAGCCCCAUAUCGUGUUCCAGCACAACUGGGUCUUACUCUUGUUGCGUCGCUCCUCGCGGCCAAGGCAUCCGCUGCAGAAGAUCACCUGUGGGCUUUGCGAGAAGACCCAGACUACUUUUCCAGGAUGCUGCACGGGGCCAAGGACCAUCGCCAGGAGACUUUCAAGAACGUCAACGAAAAUACCCACCCACUCCUGAGCCGCAAUCGGUGA